AAUGAUGCAUAUGAUCGGCUGUCGGGGGGAGUUAUUCAUUUCAGUUAUUUAUCUUCUAGCAUUGCCACACCUUCACCAUCCACUCACUCCAAUUCUCGCAUCUUUGUCAACAUGCCAUCCACCUCGACUCUGCUGUACUAUUUCUCCUCAUUCAUUCAUCUGGCCAUCCUCCCCAAACAUGUCAAGGUGGGCGCCACUUUGAUCCGGAAGACAAUAGCCAAGGUGCCUCACACGGAGCCCUUUCUUCUGGCCAAAGCCAUCAUUCCUCCCACAUGGGACUAUGUCAACGGUCUGCUCGUGAUCAUGUCCCUGAUGAAUUUCAAAUGGGCCCAAAACGGCGGUCCUGAUGGAGGAAUUGAUGAUGCCAUCCUCUCAGUCAGUGCUUUGGCUGGCCUAUACGUGGGGGUUCAGUACUACCGGGCUCGUCUUUAUAUCGCCCUGGUUGUUCUUUGGUUGGCGCCGACCUUGAGUAUUUUGGCUAGGGUUUUGUCUUGAAGUAAAUGCCAGUUAGGGAGGAAUGUGCAAUAAUUUCAUUACUUGGAG